GACCACCCUGACGAAGGGACGGUGGCGGAGCAGAAAUCCGGGACCUUUACGCAGAGUUUGGAUCUUUAUUAAGGACCGUGAUGAAGACCUCGAGGUUCGCAGCGCGUCUGAUGUGUGCGGCACUGGCACUGUCAGCAGCCACCGUCCUCUCCAGAAAAGUGAACAAACACAAGCCGUGGAUCGAGACGUCGUACCGGGGUGUGAUCACAGAGAACACGGACGUGGUUCUGCUCGACCCUCCUCUGGUGGCCCUGGACAAGGAUGCGCCUGUUCCAUACGCAGGAGAGAUUUGUGCGUUCGGGGUGCACGGCGCCGACGCCCCCUUCGAGGCGGUGGUGCUGAACAGUACGUCCGGAGAGGGCCGGCUGCGGGCGCGAGGUCCCAUCGACUGCGAGCGGCAGAGAGAGUACACCUUCAUCAUCCAGGCUCACGACUGUGGAGCGGGACCAGGAGGCAUGGGAGCCAAAAGAUCGCACAAGGCGGUGGUCCACGUGCAGGUGGGUGACGUGAACGAGUUCUGGCCCGUGUUCAGCAGCCCCGUGUAUUCGGGUUCGGUACAGGAGGGCCGAGUGUGUGACAGCAUCCUGCAGGUGGAGGCUACAGACCAGGACUGUUCACCUCAGUACAGCCAGAUCUGCAACUACCAGAUCCUCACCGAGAACGCUCCGUUUGCCAUCGACCGCAACGGUAACAUCAGGAACACAGAGAGUCUGAGUUACGACGCCCGUCCUCACUAUGAGAUCAGCGUGACGGCGUUUGAUUGUGGACAGAAGAGAGCGGCCAAAAGUGCCACCGUGCACAUCCACGUCAAACCCGUCUGUAAACCCGGCUGGCAAGGCUGGAGUAAGCAUGUCGAUUAUGAGCCAGGCAUGGGCAGUAAGCCUCUGUUUUCCAAAAUGCAUCUGGAGACGUGUGAGGGCACCGUGUCUUCGGUCAGGACCACGGUGGAGCUGCAGACCGCUCAUAUCGGGAAAGGCUGCGACCGGGAGACGUAUUCUGAGAAAUCUCUACAGAAACUCUGCGGAGCAUCGUCCGGCAGCACGGACCUCCUGCCCGCCCCCAGCGCCGCUUUCAACUGGACGGCGUCUCUGCUGACGGAAGGCGGGCGGGACAGCGAGCUCAUAUUCCGGUUCGACGGGCGCCAGGCGGCCAAGAUUCCCGACUGGGUGGUGCCGCAGAACCUGACCGAUCAGUUCACCAUCGCCACCUGGAUGAAGCACGGUCCGAGUCCAGGGCUCAGGGGCGAGAAAGAGACGCUGCUCUGUAACUCUGAUAAAACAGAGAUGAACAGACACCAUUACUCUCUGUACGUCCACAACUGUCGCCUGGUCUUCCUGCUGAGGAGGGAUUACGCCCAGAGCGCCUCCUUCAGUCCGGCCGAGUUCCACUGGAAGCUGGAGCAGAUCUGUGAUAAGGAGUGGCAUUACUACGUCAUUAACGUGGAGUUUCCGGUGGUGACGCUGUACGUGGACGGUGUGACCUACGAACCCUACCUGGUGACGGACGACUGGCCGAUCCACUCGUCUCAAAUCGACGUCCAGUUGACUGUCGGAGCCUGCUGGCAAGGAGGCGAGGUGUCCAAGUCCAGGUUUACGCAGUAUUUCCGUGGCAGCUUGUCAGGACUGACGGUGAGACCCGGCAAGAUCGAGAGUCAGAAGGUGAUUUCCUGUCUGCAGGCCUGCAAAGAGGGACUGGACAUCACCUCUCUGGAGAGCAUGGACAAAGGAUUAAAGUUCCACUUUAAUCCGGCCCAGUCGGUGUUGGUGAUUGAGGGCGAGGAUCUGGAGCAGGUGAACGCAGCGCUGAGGAAAGUUUCCUACAUCAACUCACGCCAGUUCCCCACGGCCGGAGCUCGCCGGGUCCACAUCAGCACCACGGUCCAAUGCUUCGGGGAGGAUGUUUGCAUCUCGGUUCCUGAUAUUGAUGCGGUCGUCAUGGUAAUGCAGCCAAGCGAACCGCGCAUUACCAUCACCGGAGCCGAGCGGCUGAACAUCCCGGCCUCCGACCUCGCCCUCGGCGCACCGCUGUUCGGGGAUCUGCAUAUCGGCAGCAGCGUUACCAGGAGCGACCGCCUCGUUCACAACACAGACCCAAAGUCAGGAACGUUAGAGGAAAUCGUCCAUAAUCUGGACUACUGUGACAUCCUGGUGUUGGGAGAGGAGUUAAGGGAGGGUCUGGAGACCCUUCAGCUGCCCCACAGUGCCGUACUGGGCAAACACCUCGACUACACCAACUCCACUACUGGCAUGUCCAUAUAUGGUGUGGAUUCCAUGGUACACUAUGCACAGGUGAUCAGACAGGUCUGGUAUCAGACGGCGCAGAGCGAUGUAUCGGCGAGAACGUUCAGGGUGACCUGCUCCGAACUCAACGGCCGAUACACCAGCAACCCCUUCACCCUGCAGGUUCAUGUUCUCCACAGAGAAAAGCACGUCGAGCACGUCAGUCACAUGAUGGCUCAACCCAAAUACCUACAGCGCAAUCAUCAACCGAUCACAGCAUCAAACACCCAGAGUUCCGCGAUUGUUCUUCCUACAGGUGUGCCCAGUGCACUGAUAGUGGUGUGCGUCUCCGCCCUGGUAAUGGUGGUGGUGUUGGGUAUUUACCAGCUUCACCUCAGACUUGUCCAGAACAUUCCGGAUGCACAAACGCAGCUGAAGAAACAGAAGGACCUGGAUCUCUCAGCUCUCACUAUAACCGUGAACCCACUGGAGAGCAUCGAGGAACUGCAGCCGGCGGAGGAACUGACUGAGGAGGAGGUGGAGGAUGAAGAUGAGGACGAUGACGACAUUACUAGCAGUGAAUCAGACAGUGAUGAAGAGGGAGCUACGAUUCCCAGCAUGCAGCCGCAGCCAAAAACGCUGAGCAAGCUACACUUGACAAAUCCAACGUUGCACUGCUGAGAACACACACACACACACACACACACACACACAGAGUUAUGUGAGCAUUUUUAGAAUGACUUCCAUUCAGAUUCAGUACAGAGAGUCCACUAAGAAGAAUUUUCUGGAAGGUUUAUUCUGUUUUCUGUAGUUUCUGUGUA